UAUUGUGAAGGACUCGACCGGAAGCGAACAAUUUUACUGUGUGUUUCUUCUCGUGGCUUCCGGAGGAGACUGAGCAUCAGAGAGCUGCAGCAGCUGGACCGACAGACACAUCUGGACCGGGACAGACCUGCGGGGACAGACAGGGGGACAGACACAGAGACAGACAGGUGGACACAGAGACAGACAGGUGGACACAGAGACGGGGACAGACGGUCAGGUGUGUCUCUCAGCAUCCCCCCCUCCCCCCCGUGUCUUCUCUCCUCCCUGUCUCCGGGCCGUGCCGGGCUCCAUGGGGGACAGCAUGGCGGAGGAGACCCGGGUCAUCUACCACCUGGAGGACCAGGAGACCCCCUACCUGAUCCGGAUCAGCGUGCCCGCGCAGCGCGUCACCCUGGCGGACUUCAAACACGUCCUCAACAAACCCAACGUCAAAUUCUUCUUCAAGUCCGUGGACGACGACUUCGGGGUGGUCAAAGAGGAGAUCAGUGAUGACGAUGCCAGGCUGCCGUUUGUGAACGGACGAGUUGUCUGCUGGCUGGUGUCUGCAGAAACCUGUCAGUCAGACUUUAGAGGCUCAGACCUGCAGUCUAUAGCCACGCCCACCGGCCUGGCCCCGCCCCCCAUAGAGAGGACAGGUGUGAUCGGAGACUCCAGACCGCCGUCCUUUCAUCAGGAGGACGCGGCGGCGGCAGCGGCAGCGAAUGCUGACGUCAGAGAUGAGGAGGGAGGUGGGUGUAUGAAUGGCCACACCCACCGACCACCAGCUCACCAGAAUGGGGCGGGGCCAACAGGUGGAGGCGACAGCUCAUCGACUCAACAGAGCAGCCAAUUGGAGACGACCAGCUUCUGCUCUUCUGAGGAAGACUCAGGAGGAAGGUUCAGCCAAUCAACAGGGCAGAGCAGCACCUCGCCGCGACUCGUCAGGCGACAACGCCGCCGCCACCGGAAACCCAAAACACAUCAGCGGAUGGAGAGGGCUGUCUCUGUCUUUCUGUCUGUCCUCAUGUCUGUCCUCAUGUCUGUCCUCCUCUCUGUCACUCUGAACAUGGAGAGGUAUAACUUCCUGGGCAUUAGUAUCGUCGGUCAGAGUAACGACAGAGGAGACGGAGGGAUUUAUAUCGGCUCCAUCAUGAAGGGCGGAGCGGUGGCAGCAGACGGACGCAUUGAACCUGGAGACAUGUUACUGCAGGUGAACGACAUCAACUUUGAGAACAUGAGUAACGAUGACGCUGUCCGAGUCCUCAGAGAGAUCGUCCACAAACCAGGUCCUGUGACGUUAACGGUGGCAAAGUGUUGGGAUCCAAACCCACGGGGCUGCUUCACACUGCCGAGGAGUGAACCGGUCCGUCCAAUCGACCCGGCUGCCUGGGUGUCGCACACUGCCGCCAUGACAGGGAGGCUCCCCCCACACUAUGGCGUGCAUGAAGAAACCCAUCUCACCAUCCACAGCGACAUGACAGCUGUUGUCAAGGCAAUGGCCAAUCCUGAGUCGGGUCUGGAGGUUCGGGACCGGAUGUGGCUGAAGAUAACGAUUCCCAAUGCCUUCAUAGGUUCAGACGUGGUGGACUGGCUCCACCGCAAUGUGGAGGGUUUCACCGAUCGCCGCGAAUCUCGCAAGUAUGCAGGGAACCUGCUAAAGGCUGGUUACAUCCGCCACACCGUCAACAAGGUGACCUUCUCUGAACAGUGCUACUACGUGUUCGGAGACCUCUGUGGAGAUCUAGGUGUGAUGACUCUGCUGGAUAAUGAGGAAGACUCCAGUCGAGGAGGAGGCUCAGAUUGUGACCCUCUGGCUCUGCCCCCGGGCCCCCAGUGGCCCCCGGCCUUCCCCUACCAGUACCCCGUCCCUCACCCCUACAGCUCGCCUCACCCCCUUCACCAGCUGCCAGCUUGGGGAGGAGGAGGAGGAGGAGGAGGAGGUCUGCACAGUGAAGGAAGUCACAGCAGCGGAUCAAACUGUAGCGACGGUCUGAACGAGAAAGGACGAGGCAGCCAAUCAGAGCCCAACAAGCAGGAAGUGAGUGCUUCAACUGACAAACAACUGGCGGCAGAGUCCCCUGGUGAUGACGAUGGCACACGGAGACCCCCGACCUCCUUCUCUGGUCUCCAUGGUAACAAAGACUCAGAGGACCUCCCUCCGGCCCCCUCGCCACCUCGAGGUCAGCGCCGCGACCUCACAGAUCCCCGACAGUCCUUCUGCAUGGCCAUGGGAAACCCCAGUGAUUUCUUUGUGGAUGUCAUGUGACCCUGUAACGGUGGAAACAACUCCCUGGUUUUAAUUUGUGGUUUGAAAAAGAAGAAUCCAGAAUCUUAAAAUUUUUGAGAAACAUCUAGCGAGUGAACGGACCGAGGUGACUGUGAGGAGGAAGUCUGAUUUGAGGUGUUUGAGACGUUUCAUUGUUAUUUCAGUAAUAUUAAAACCACAUUACAGGUGGAUUUAUUUAUGUAUGUUCACUGUGGACUACCUGACCUGAUGCCAGAACAUGAUGGUGGUUAUGGGCAGUGAUACUCUGCUGGGACAUGGUUGACUGGGAGCGACUCACUGCCCAAAGUUAAAGAGUUAAAGUACCCCAGGGUCUUUGUAGGCCUUUCACCGGACUACCAAAGCUCUCGACUUACCGGUCAAUCUACGCUCCAACCUUCAGCUCUGGUUGUGAGCAUUUGGUGGUGUCUGAAAGAAGGAGAUCAUGGAGCUGUGACAUCAGGAGAACUGCUGCUCCUUCAUGUUAAAGGAAGUUGGUUUAGGUGUUUCAGGAAUCCGAACAGCAUACCUCCCUUUAGAGGUACUGUGGGCGCAGACCCUGGGGCAGAUCCAGGGUAAGAGAUUACAAACCUCAUCUGGCCUUAGAAAGCCUCAGGAUCCCCCAGGAGAAGCAAACCAAUCUCUGACUGGUUCACAAGUCCAAUAUCAAAGCAUCACUUCCACUGCUGACAUGUCCCAGCAGAAACCAGAGUCCCCAGGCAGCGGCCCCUCCAGGACGACAUUCAGAUAUUCAGAACAGCCAGAGCCUUCAGCAAUGUGUAGUUGUAUCGAGUCUGAGUCUCCUGAGUAUCCCUACACCUGCCCGACACCUUUCACCCUGGAAGAAUAUAUAGUCCAAACCCUAUACAAAAGUCUGGUUCUGGAACAGGUCGUAGAGUAUAUCUGCUCGUACUCCCACUACGAAUAAGACUGUUCCCCACCAGUGAGGUGACAUCACUAGAAUUAGUUUCCAUAGUCAGGGGCCGCACAUCUGCCUGUCCUAUUGGCAGUAUACCUUACAGCUAUUCCUGCCCUGGAUCUGCCCCGGGGCCUGCUUCCAGGUGGACAUGCCAAGAGUACCUCUAAAGGGAGGGACCCUGAUGGGAUUACUGAACUACCUCAACCCACACCUCACAAAAGCAGACAGUCCAAACCCUGUACAAGAGUUUGUUACCAGAGCAGGCGCACUGCAUUGAUUAUAUCUACUUGGUAUGGCCGGUACUCCUGCACCAACUCAGGCUGUUCACUACCAGUGAGGUGACAUCCCUAGAACUCAUUUCCCAGGGUCCUUAUGUUUGCCUGCCACACAAUUGGUAGUAUACCUGACACCUGUUCUGCCCCCAUAAUAAUAAUAAUAAUAAUAAUA